AUGUCUUCAAUAUCGUUCCCGCACUCAAGCGACGAGAUGGGCCCAUCUUCCAGCUCACUGCACGACCCGAUGCAGGUGCCAUUCUACACGCCUCCUGCGUUCGACAUGUCGAGUUCCUUUCAAAUGAACCCUCUUUCUGCGCACCCGCCUCGUACGCCACGCCCGAGCACUGCUACACAGUCGCACUUUAGGAAUAUGAGCAUGAGUAUCAGCAUGUACGACGAAAAGGCGGAGGAGGAGCAGGACGGAGAGACGGUCAAAGCAGAUAAAGGGGAAGUAGAUGAAGACGAGGUCGUGGAGUUAGACGAGGAGGAUGUACGUGUUAAAGAGGCUGAAAAGUUGGUUGGGGCACAUGAAGUAUGGCGAGAUAUGCUUGUUACAAGUAAUGGACGGGACAAAGCGUUUAAAUUAAUGCAAUACUCGAUACGUGUGUAUCUGCUCUUCCACAGCAAGGUUUUAUUUCGUAGUGGAAAGUCCGCUUGGCAGCGGGAAAUUGUACGAAGGCUCACGGCUGCAAAAAACGGGCUCUCUUUCACGAGAAAAAUGCUUAUCAUGUUCAACUGGUUAGCCCCCCUGAGUCAGGUAUUAGCGCAACAAUCUGUGCCCUUCUCGUCUUCCGGAUCUUCCCUUACGCCUCACAGCUUCACAGCUACCUCCGCGUCAUCCUCCAAAUAUUCCCAAUUAUCGGGGGGUCCCUUCCUUUCGCACCCGGUCCUCCGAGCUUUGCUGUCGGCUCCGCCCCCUAUUCUCCUCGAGCUUGUGAAUGGCUUGUCGGAUGAUAUAUACUCGCUUUCCCGGCUCGGUAUAAUUGGUUCUAAGCUGGGAGAACGCGCGGCUCGGUUUGCCGACUGGUGUUGGCUUUUUACCACGCUGGUCGGUCUGGUAGAGAAUGGUGUCGAAUUGGGAGUUAUUGAGGGCCUUCAACGAGAAGUUCAAUCAAGGGCAUACAAAGAGUCGCUUUCAGGGGCUACUUCAAAGUCGCAGCCAAAAGCGUCAAAAAUUGACGAACGUGAGCUAACACGCCUACAAAAGAAGAACUACUGGCUUCAGGCCUCAAGGGCCAAACUUGUCAUGGAUCUCAUUUUCGUUUCAUGGGAUAUCUUCAGGAUCAAAGGGUGGAAAGACACUGUUCAGUCUUUCACUGGCCUUGCAGCUGCGGUCCUCAGCUCCGCAAAGUUAUACGAUAAGUAUAGAACUGCGCUUGUCAACAAGGCCCUGACUAGUUGA